CUUCCAUUAUGAACGGAUACGCGAAAAAGAUGCCCGGUAGCGGAAUAUUCAACGCGAACAAACCUUUCGGGAACAACCCCUACAUCCAGAUCCCAUCAGACGUCGACAGGAAUCCCUUCCGCCUGGUAUGGAUUGACAUCCUCUCCGUCUUUCAGUACAGCAGACUUCUUCCCCUUAUUGUCAUCCCGCUUCGACCAUGCAUUUCAGGCAAACUCGACGAACUUUCAGCAACGUGGCGGAAUACUAGAGACAUUUUCCUUCAUGCCGUAUUGAUCAUCAGCCAACUAUUAUUGCUUAUUACUUUGCCAAUUGUGGCUGUUCUAUACUGGUUUGUUCCAGGAAUUGUUCAUGUUGUCUUCUGUGUUCUUUUCACAGUAUCAACAUUGUUGGUUAUGAGGUUACUCAAUGGAGGACCGAGGACUGAAUGCUUAGUCGGCCUACCCGAUGGCGAGCCACCUGUGAAUGAUGAGAGCGAACUCUGGUUCUUUAUCAACGGUAUUGCAACUGGAGACAAUUGGCUACAAUCAAAUCUCAAUCUACUCGCCAGCACCUUCCAGCGCGAGAUAGUAGGCAUCCACAACCCGACAAAAGGACUCCUCUUCGACCUCAUAGAAUGCCUAAUUCAGCGCGACAUCGACUACAAGACCAAAGACAUCCGCCAAGGCCGCAUGCAACUCCGCUCCGCGCUCUCCUCCCCCACCACUCGCAAAGUCGUCCUCAUUCUCCAUAGCCAGGGCGGGAUCGAAGGCUCUUCAAUUCUCGACUGGCUUCUUACCGAUCUUUCAUCCUCCUUAAUCUCCAAACUCGAGAUAUUCACUUUCGGGAACGCGGCUCGUCAUUUCAACAAUCCCCUUCUCAACGUAUCUACGGUUGAAAAUGGGAGGGAUGGUCGAGGUGAAAGGAUUAUUAAACAUAUUGAGCAUUAUGCGAACAGCGAGGAUUUCGUGGCUAAUAUUGGGGUUCUUAAUUUUACCAGUCCACAGGCGCAGCCGUAUGCUGAUGGGAAUGCGUUUUAUGGGCCAGUGUUCAUUAGGGAGGGUAGUGGACAUUUGUUGGAUAUGCAUUAUUUAGAUAAUAUGUUUACGAGGGUUAACGGGAGGGUGGCGGAUGGGAAUGUGUUUAUGGAUUCGUUGGUUCCUAAUAGUAACGGAAGGGAGAAUAAAGAAGAGCUUUUGAAUGGGUUUAGUGGACAUAGGGAGAAGAGACUGAAGGAUAUUUCGAGGCUUUGGCAGUAUAGGAAUGGUGGGAAGCCGCAGGACUAGGUGCUGCUUGGUGUUGAAUGUUGAGCGUAUUGUUGUGUCUCGCUGAAGAGAGGGCAUAUACUGUUUUCUCGGUCUCUGGUUGAGGAGCUGAACAGGAGUUCUAAAAAUUGGCCUAGAAUUUUAGCACCCAGCGGCAUCCAGAAAGACUUCACGGAGAACAGCUCUUGCACCCGAUCUCGUGGCUCCAAACGCUGUAAAUAUUACAUCCCCAGG